AUGGCGUCGUCCAACCAGUUGGUGGUGAAUUUGAAUAACCUGGAAAAGAUCGAAAGCUUUCUCAAUGACUCCACGUACAAGGAAAUCAUCGAGAACAGCGAAACGUUCAACACUCGGCUGUGCCUGGAGCGCCGCCUACGGAUGCCGUUUCUCGACCCACAAACGGGCGUCGCCCAGAACCACUGUGCGCUGUUCAUGCAAAGCCGCCACCGGAUUCCGGGCUUGAAGGACGGCCAAGUGUACAGCUACCCGGCGGCCCGUUGGCGCAAAUCGCGUCGCCAGUAUCUGCUGCAAAAACCGCACCCACCGUUCCCGGCGUACACGCAUAGACCGUUCGGGCAUCUGCAGCCGGCCCCGCCGCCCUCGAUUCUGGCCGCAAGCGUCGGAGGCAUUGGUGUUGGUGGUGGCGGCGCUGGUAUCGGUGGUGGUGGUGUUGGUGGCGCCGGAGGUGGUGGUGGCGGCAGUACGUAUGACUCGGAGAACUCCAACCUCGACCAGUCCAGCGCGGCCGAUGUGGCCGAGCUGAAGGACCACGACUCGGAGAAGCCCGGCAAGGACUGGUACUACGACGAGAUGGAGAUGCACGACAUGGAGUCGUUCGAGGAUCACGAUCUGCCCGACUCGGACUGCGACUACGAGGAGAGCUUCAGCCAGCGGAAGAAGAAGAGCAAAAGUGGGCGCAGUGGCGGCGGAGGCGCGGGUGGCAACCGCAGCAAGUCUGGCUCGGCCCUGUCGGAUCCCAACAAUCGGCGCGGCGGCCGGGGCGGUGGCCGCGGCCGCGGACGCAAAUCGCAAGGUAUUGGGGGCGACUGUCCCAGCUUCAAGGAUAUGGUGGAAACACCGAAGAAGAACCGUGCUCAAAACCUACCCAACCUAACACCCCAAUCGAACAGCUCAUCCCCACUGACACUGCCCGGCGGCGGAGGAGGAGGCGGAUCCGAUGAGCUUCAGAUGCCGGAAUUGGUACCGGAAGUGAAAAGCGAGCCCAAUGAACCGAUGGUCGACGGCUUGCCGCCGGUUGGUGGUCCCCCGAAAAUGGGUGUCCGGCCCGGAGUCGGGCUCAAUCACGCCCCGGUGCCGGGAACGAACGCCGCUCCAUCGGCCGUUCCGGUUUCUAUGGGCGGACCGUGCGGACCGGGCGGAUUGGGUCCGCCUGCCCCGCCUGGUGGACAUGUCGGUGUUCCGAUUCCGGCCACGGUUGGUCCCGGGGCUGGUCCACCACCAGGACCACCGGUCACCGGUGGUGGCGGUUUGGUGGAGAAAAGCCGGGCCGUUCCUUCGCCAUACUGCGACUUCUGCUUGGGGGACGCCCGCGAGAACAAGAAAACGAUGGAACCGGAAGAGCUGGUAUCGUGCUCGGACUGUGGCCGAUCCGGCCAUCCUUCCUGCCUGCAGUUUACGGCCAACAUGAUCAUCUCGGUGCGAAAGUACCGGUGGCAGUGCAUCGAGUGCAAGUACUGCACCAUCUGCGGCACGUCGGACAACGACGAUCAGCUGCUGUUUUGCGACGACUGCGAUCGCGGCUACCACAUGUACUGCCUGUCGCCUCCGCUCGUCUCGCCGCCGGAGGGCUCCUGGAGCUGCAAGCUGUGCAAGGCCGAGUUCCACAAACCGAAGUAAGGAGCACGGCGUCCUUCUUCUAGCAUUUAACGCAUUAAAGACGAGCGUAUGGCCACCCUCCAGGCGCAGUGCGGGGCCAGCGGACCAGCGGUAUUAAAACGGAGCGACAACCCUUUAGUAUUAAGCGCAAGCGCACCGAACCUGUACUAUGACUACGAAUUGUAAAUCGCAAUUGCUCACCGAAACUCUCUUACCUAUUACUAUUACUCUCUUCUGCCCUAGAACACGCACGGGCAUAGAAAC